UCAACCGUCUCUCGAACAUGAACCAGCCAUUAGACCAACCCAACACUGAUCCAAGAAUCCUCCACGCAAGAGUUCUAAAAUCCACCCACACAGACCGUUCCUCCUACAACAACCUCAUCACUCUCUACUCCAAAUCAAACCUUAAUCUUCUCUCUUACUCCCUCCGUCUCUUCCACCAAAUCCCAUCACCCAACGUCGUCUCAUGGACGGCCUUGAUCUCUUCCCACUCCAACUCUCCUCUCUCUCUCCGCUUCUUCCUCUCCAUGCUCCGCCACCCCACUCUCCCCAACCAGCGCACCUUAGCCUCCCUCUUCAAAACCUGCGCCUCUCUCUCUCACGCUUUCUCCUUCGGCCUCUCCCUCCACACUCUUUCUCUCAAACUCUCCCUCCAAAACAAGCCCUUCUGUGGCUCCGCUCUGGUUAACUUCUACUCUCGCUUUCGCUCCCCGGACAAUGCCAGACAGGUGUUCGACGAAAUUCAAAACAGAGACGAGGUCUGUUACUCGGCAAUGAUCGUGUGUUUUGCGCAGAACUCUCGUAGUUUGGAUUCUUUAUCAGUGUUUGCUGAUAUGAGGAGCUGUGAUGUGGGGUCCACGAUGUACAGCGUGUCUGGAGCAUUGCGCGCGGCGGCUGAGCUGGCGGCGAUGGAGCAGUGCAGGGUGGUUCAUGGGCAUGCCGUUGUUGUGGGUUUAGACAAGAAUGUGAUUGUGGGAACCGCUUUGAUUGACGGAUAAGGAAAAGCUGGGCUUGUGUUUGAUGCAAGAAGGGUGUUUUAUGAGAAUUUGAGUGAAUUAAAUGUCGUUGCGUGGAAUGCUAUGAUGGCCGGUUACGCACAGCAAGGAGAUAAAAAUUCAGUGCUUGAGCUUUUUCAUUUAUUGAAAACGAGAGGUUUUGUCCCGGAUGAAUAUAGUUUUUUGGCGGUUUUAACGGCCUUUUGUAACGCAGGUUUGGAUUUUGAGAGUGAGAAAUGGUUGGAGAGAAUGAGAGCUGAGUAUGGUUUAGAACCGGGGUUAGAACACUACACCUGCUUAAUACGUGCAGUAGGAAGAGCUGGAAGAUUGGGGGAUGCAGAGAGGAUUGCAAUGGCUAUGCCAUUUGAACCCGAUGCAGCAGUGUGGAGGGCAUUGUUAUCUUCUUGUGCUGCACACGGAGCAGCUGACAUGGCUCGGAAAAUGGCACAGAGGUUAUUGCAAAUAGACCCUUAUGAUGACUCGGCUUAUGUAAUUGCAGCUAACGUGUUAUCGAGUGCAGGACGGUGGGAUGAAGUUGCAGAAGUGAGGAAGACAAUGAAAGACCGGAGAGUGAAGAAGGAAGGUGGGAGGAGUUGGAUUGAAGUGAAAGGGAAAGUUCAUGUGUUCUUGGCGGGCGAUAGAAGGCAUGAGAGAGUUAAAGAAAUUUACGCCAAGCUAGAAGAGUUGAUGGAAGAGUGUGAGAAGUUAGGGUAUGUUCCAAUUUGGGAUGAGAUGUUGCACAAUGUUGAAGAAAAGGAGAAAAGAGAAGGGCUUUGGUAUCAUAGUGAGAAACUGGCGCUGGCAUUUGGGUUGAUGAGUGGAUCACCACCAGGGAAGCCAUUGAGGAUUGUGAAGAAUUUGAGGAUUUGUAGGGACUGUCAUGAGUGUUUUAAGUAUAUUAGUAGAGUGGUGGAGAGGGAGAUCAUUGUGAGAGAUGUUAACAGAUACCAUAGAUUUUUAAAUGGUAGCUGUAAUUGUGCUGAUAUUUGGUAG